AUGGCCAUCUACAGCGCCGUUCCUCCACCGGAGGAACUCGUCUCAAACCUCGCCCCGAGCCAGCUGCCGCCGCACACACCCUCAACGCCCGUCACCAAUGGCGCCAUCGACAUCGACGCCUGGACGAUUCAGGCCCUCCAAUCGCUGAGCAUCUCUCCCGUCGCCCGCGGCACCGGCACGCCUCUCGCCAUCAACAUCGACGAUUGUAAGGUGACUGUCAAGACCGAGGCCCGCGCCCUUGACCUCGCGAAGUCGAAGACGCCAGACGUCCCGCGGCGGCCGCCGUCCGCGCGUGACAGCCAGCGCAAGCGGGACGCCGUCCUGCGAGGCAAGGAGGGCAGCCGGCAACGGCGCCGCUGGGAGAACGAUCGCCUCAUUGGUGUUCCGAACGUGCAACCGCCGUUGCCAUCGGACUGGGAGGUCCGUCCGGCCCAUCCCGUCCGCCGAGUCCCUUAUCAGCUCGCCCAGUUUUGGGACCGCGGUGUGCGGCAACGCGUCGAAGACAAGACCUCGGCUCUCCAGGCCGCCCGCAAGAAGCAGCAGCGCAAUGCCGGCAGCGCCACUGGUCUCGGCAUCGGCGAGGUUCCCCGCGACCUGAGGGAGUCGGCCAAGCGCAACCCGGUCAUCCGGAACUGGGUGCGAUCUCUCGAGGAUCCCGUGCGGCAAUACCUCGUCGACGAGCAAGGCCGCAGGGGUGAGCCUGCACAGCCGGCUGAUGAUAUCGAGACCGAAGAGCUGGACUCUGAGGAUGAGGAGAUUGUCUUCGUCGGACGUAAGAGCGCGAUGAGGGAGCUCAAGGAGAAGCGGGAGGCGAGGCAUCGGAUGGCCCGGCGUGAAGUUGAGCACGAAAUAGUCGAUUCGGGCGUCGUCUUCGACUCCUUUGGUGAGGGCGACAACGCCGCCUUCAAGUGCGCAUCACCUCCCCUCGCUGCCGACCACCUGCUGACGAUAUCCUUCAGGCGAUGGCUCACCCACUCCAUCUCCGACUACUAUGGCCUCGCGUCCCGGUCGGUCAUCAUGCGCAACUCAUGCAAGGUGGUGUACGUUGGGUUGCACCAAAGUCACCGCCGAGCAAAGCCUCCCUUUGGGAAGCUGCCUGUCCCGCUGUGGCAGCUAUGCUGA